CCCACCCUGGAGUUCCACAGCGCUGAUGGUGAAUAGCCACUGCUGUGGUUACGGGUGGAGGAGAAGAAGCCGCGGAAGAGUCAGCAGUGGCAGGGGACUGAUGGUUUGGAAUUAGUCUAGUAGAUGUUAUAAUAUUACGUGUGUUACUGGAUCUUUACAAAGCCAAAAGAGAAGGGAAGGGAAAAAUAAAGAAAGAUGGCGGCCGCGGCCUCGCCGGGCUCCGGCUCGUCCACCUCCUCAGACUGGAUUGUACUGAGAGACGGUUGCCUGCGUUGCGACGAGGAGGGCCUGCGAAGCCUUUCCUACCACCCGGCCCUCAACGCUAUCUUAGCCGUUACCAGUCGCGGCAGCAUCAAAGUGAUUGACGGCACUUCGGGAGCCAUUCUCCAGGCUUCAGCGUUGCACGCUAAACCUGGCGGUCGUGUCAGGUGUCAGUACUUCCCUGCAGUGGACAAGGUGCUUUUUGUGGACGACUAUGCUGUGGGAUGCAGGAAGGACCUGAACGGAAUUCUGCUCCUGGACACAGCUCUCCAGCCUCCAGUGGCCAAACCAGAGGAUAUGGUUCAGUUGGAACUGCCGGUCACAGAGGCCCAGCAGAUGCUGUCGGCCUGUCAGGAGAAGAUUGACGUGUCCAGCACAGAGGGCUACGAGCUUUUUAUCAGCCAGCUUAAAGAAGGCCUGAGGAAUACCUCACAUGAGACAGCAGCCAAUCACAAAGUGGCCAAGUGGGCGACGGUCACGUUCCAUCUGCCUCACCAUGUGCUGAAGCUGGUGGCCGGUGCGAUCGUCAACGAGCUGAAGAAGAUCAACCAGAACGUAGCUGCCUUGUCUGUUGCCUCAUCCAUCAUGGACAGGCUCUCCUACCUCUUGUCAAGCGCCAGGCCUGAGCUCGGGGUGGGCCCCGGGCGCUCUGUGGACAGAUCUUUGAUGUACAGCGAGGCCAACAGGCGGGAGACGUUUACGUCGUGGCCACAUUCUGGGUACAGAUGGGCUCAGCCUGAUCCCAUGGCUCAAGCCGGGUUUUACCACCAGCCUGCCUCGACAGGAGAUGACAGAGCCAUGUGUUUCACCUGCAGCGUCUGUCUGGUUUGCUGGGAACCUACAGAUGAGCCCUGGUCCGAACACGAGCGGCAUUCUCCCAACUGUCCGUUUGUGAAGGGGGAGCACACACAGAACGUCCCGCUGUCGGUAACGCUGGCAACCAGCCCCGCUCAGUUUCCCAACAGUCCCGACAGUUCGGACAAGGUCGCCUGUUACGGCUUCGGCAGCUGCCCACAGUUCCUGGCUGCUGCCACCAAGCGGGGGAAGAUCUGCAUCUGGGAUGUCUCCAAAAUGAUGAAGGUGCACUUGAAGUUUGAUGUCAACCCGUAUGAUCCGGCCAUCCUGAGGCAGCUGAUUGUGUGCAGCGGUGAGCAGGGCCAGCAGGCGCUGACUGAAUCCCGGAGACCAACACUGACCUGGUUAGAGGAGUCGUCCUCCUGCUCUGACCUUCCCAAGCUGGAGGGGGACAGUGAUGACCAGCUGGAAGAUUCAGACAGUGAUGAACAUUCCCGAUCAGAGUCUGUAACGGGUCAGCCGUCCCAGUGGGAGAGCAUGGACGUCAGUCUCGGGGUGACGGCGCUGAGUGUUCUCCAGCAGCCGGAGAAGCUCCAGUGGGAGGUUGUGGCCAGCGUGUUGGAGGACACCGUCAAGGACUUGGAGGAGCUGGGGGCCAACCCCUCACUGAACCAAACCAAGGCCCACUCCCAGGCUAAAACGAAAGAUAAGGUCCCUGACCACCACAACAUUCCCUUUCCCUGCCUGCUAGCUGGAGGCCUUCUUAGCUACCGCUCACCAUCCAGCACCCCCGUGGCUGGACCCCCAUCCACAGUCCCUCCGACCCGCAGGACCACAGAUAGUCCUCUUAGGACUCAGGGCCCAGAGCCUUUCCCGGGGCCCCUGCAGGAGCACGGUCCCAUGGAAAUAGAGUCUUGUAAUCCCCAGACUGCAGCUCCAGAGCAGGGCUUCUCUAAUCUGUCAGGUUCUCAGCUCCCAAGCCCCUCCUCUCUGCCAGCUGUACGCAGGACUAUACCUGUGCUGCUGCUGUACAGCAUCAGAGAGGUGGACGACAAGUCUCCUGGACAGGUAUUUGCUCAAAUGAACAACCUGAUGAGCAAGGGGCUCCAUGAGGAGGGCUUCACUGUGCCACAGAUCAUAGAGAUGGAGUUUGAUUCUCAUGAGCAGCUGCUUCUUCAGGAUCCACCCAUCACCUACAUCCAACAGUUUGCAGAUGGAGCAGCCAGUCUGGCAGGGUUGGACGGUCACAUGGACAAAUGGAGCACGCUGGCUGCUGGAACGGUUUCCACCCCACCCCGACCCGGAGCGUUGGUCCAGUGCUUGAGGCUGCCAAAGCAGCUGGAGGAGGAGAAUCUUUACGUGGACUCCAUCACACCAUGCUGGGAUGGGGUGCACCUUCUGGUGGGCCUGCAGCCAAGUGGCUCUGAGUCUCUGAGUGCUACAAACCAGGUGGAAGCUCUGAACAAUCUCAAUCGCCUCCACUCCGCCCUGUGCAGCCAGCGCAAAGGAGACCCCCUUCAUCCUGUGGCCAAUGGAGUGGAAGGCCAUCGCCCAGGGGGGUCUCCACCUCAGACUCCUCUCAUACUACCCCCUGGAGAGCAGCAGCAGCAGCAGAGGUCCCUGAGCAGUGCAGGUGGAGGGGGGUAUCUUGCACUCUACAAGCUCAACUACUCCACUCGUAUAGUCACUUUAGACGAGGAGCCCAUCAAGGUGCAGCAGAUUCGAGAUCCCUGCGAUGCCAUCACUUCCCUCAUACUGCUUCCACCAGAUGUUCUUGACAGCAGAGAGGAUGACAGUGAGGAGACUCCAGAGGAGGCUCUUCCUUCAGCACCGAGGAACGGUUCAUCUGGACUUGGGUCAGGCCUGGCUGGCUCUGGGACUGCAUGUGGAGCAGCCACAGCCAGCAGCAGCGGAACCGUCACCAGUCCCUCCGCCUCUGCUCACAAAGAGUGCAGCAAGCGGGUGGAAGUGACAGGCCUGGGCCACCUGGUGGUCACCACGCAGGCUGGGUAUAUUAUGAUACUGGACCUGUCCACGUUGGAGGUCCUGGCCAAGGUAGAACCGCCUAAAAAAGAGGGUCCAGCAGAAGAAACGGACCCCUUUGUCUCAGUUACCUAUUGCUCUGGGACUGAUCGCCUUUGUGCCUGCACCAAAGGUGGAGAACUUCAUUUCCUUCAAAUUGGAGGUGUGUGUGACGAUCUAGAUGAUGGAGACAUGUUUAUUGAUGGCCCCCUUUCUAAAGGGGCUGAACUGCUGCUUGAGGGGGCCAAGCCCUCCUCCAACCCUUCCAGCCCUGGAGUCACAGGAGUGGACCUCCUCGUGGACCAACCGCUGACCACCGAGUGUUUGAUGUCCUUGGUGGAGAUGACGCGCUUUGAGACGUUAACGCCGCGCUUCUCGGCCACCGUGCCGCCGUGCUGGGUGGAGGUGCAGCAAGAGCAGCAGCAGCGACGCCACCCACAACACCUCCACCAGCAGCACCACGGAGACGCAGCCCAGCACACCCGCACCUGGAAGCUGCAGAGCGACAGCUCCAGCUGGGACGAGCACGUGUUCGAACUGGUGCUGCCGAAGGCCUGCAUGGUGGGGCAUGUGGACUUCAAGUUUGUCCUGAACGCCAACAUUGCAAACAUUCCUCAGGUUCAGGUCACCUUACUGAAGAACAAGGCACCCGGGCUGGGCAAAGUCAGCGAGACCGCGGUGGACAGGCAGAUCUCCUUUCCUCUUUCCAACGCCCUCCAUGCCAACGGGGAGAAGAACGGCCCACCGCUGCUCCAGGACUUCACAGACGACAUCCAGUUCAUGGACAUCGAAGAGACAACAGGCUCGGUGUUGUGUCCAUUCCUGGAGGACCACAAGGAGGACAUCCUGUGUGGUCCGGUGUGGCUGGCCAGUGGGCUGGACCUCUCUGGUCACUCUGGCAUGCUCAGCCUCACCAGCCCCAAGCUGGUCAAAGGCAUGGCAGGAGGGAAGUACCGCUCCUUCCUGGUUCACAUCAAGGCGGUGAGCGAUGGCGGUGUGGAGGACAGCCCGAGGCCCGUGGUGAGAAUGCCGAGCGCCAAGCCGCAGAGCUCCAAAGCCCACUCGCUGUCCACCCUGCUGCAGCGCGCUCAGGCGUCCAAGGAGAAGGUUUCUGCAGGGAAAACUGAGACCUCAGCACAGUCCAAGAAAGUGGAGAACCUGCGAGGCUGCGACCUGCUGCAGGAAGUUUCGGUCACAAUCAGAAGGUUCAAGAAGACGUCAGUUCCCAAAGAAAGGGUCCAACGCUGCGCCAUGCUGCAGUUCCCAGACUUUCACGAGAAGUUAUUGGAUGCUAUGUGUCGACGAACAGAGGGGAGCUCCGUCACUGAGCAUGCUCAAAGCCUUAUCCUGGACAUCCUGUGCUGGCUGGCCGGGGUUUUCUCCAACGGACCCUGCAGCAUCAGAGAAGGAAAGGAGGGCCUGCUGGUGAAAACCCGGGCCAGAUUAAUGGAUAUUGUACGGGUGUGUUUCUUCGAAGCUGGUCGCAGUAUAGCACACAAAUGUGCCCGCUUUCUUGCACUUUGUAUUAGCAAUGGGAAAGGAGACCCAAGUCAACAGGGUUUUGGCAUGAGCCUGUUGAAGGCUCUGCUGGAAAAUAUGCCUUAUUUACCUGCAGCAGCAACAGGUGGCUCGGUGUUCUGGUACUUUGUUUUGCUGAACUAUGUGAAGGAGGAGGACCUGGCGGGCUGCAGCACUUCUUGCGCUGCCCUGCUCACCGCCAUCUCUCGACAGCUUCAGGACCGUCUCACUCCGCUGGAGGCUCUGCUGCAAACCAGGUACGGUCUGUACAGCUCUCCGUUUGACCCCGUGCUGUUUGACCUGGAGGUCAGCGGUUCCUCCUGUAAGAAUGCCUUUAACAGCAGCACCGGAGUCCAGUCAGAUGAGAUCGAUCUCUCCGAUAUUCUCUCAGGGAAUGGAAAAGUGAGCAGCUGUGCAGCAGCAGAGGGCAGCUUCACAGCUUUAACUGGACUCCUGGAGGUGGAGCCAUUGCACUUUACCUGUAUCUCCACCAGUGAUGGCACACGGGUGGAACGAGAUGACGCCAGCAUGUUCACUGUGAGUACGUUUGGCGUGACCCCGACGGUGGGCGGCCUGUCGACGGGGACGGUCGGAGAAGCUUCCACCGCUCUGAGCUCUGCAGCUCAGGUGGCCCUGCAGUCCCUGUCUCAUGCCAUGGUGUCAGCCGAGCAGCAGCUGCAGGUCCUGCAGGAGAAACAGCAACAGCUGCUGAAGCUGCAGCAGCAGAAAGCCAAGCUGGAGGCCAAACUGCACCAGACCACCUCUGCAGCAGCUGCCGUUGCCUCCGGAGUCGGGCCCAUCCACAACUCUGUGCCUUCCAACCCCUCAGCCGCUCCAGGGUUCUUCAUUCAUCCCUCCGACGUCAUCCCACCCACGCCUAAGACCACGCCCCUCUUCAUGACCCCUCCUCUCACACCACCCAACGAGGCGGUGUCUGCGGCCUUCAGCGCUGAGCUGGCUCACCUGUUCCCCGGGUCCAUGAUGGAGUCCGGCCCCGUUAACCUGGCUGCACACAAGAACACGCAGAAGGCCAAACCGAGUCAUAUGGGUAGUGGUCUGGCUCUGGCCAUUUCCCAGGCAUCUCACUUCCUGCAGCCGCCUCCACAUCAGUCCAUCAUCAUCGAACGCAUGCACUCUGGAGCUCGUCGCUUUGUCACCCUGGACUUUGGUCGUCCCAUCCUGCUGACCGAUGCUUUAAUCCCGACCUGCGGCGACCUGGCUUCUCUGUCCAUCGACAUCUGGACGCUGGGUGAGGAGGUGGACGGUCGCAGGCUGGUGGUAGCCACUGACAUCAGCACCCAUUCACUCAUCCUGCACGACCUGCUGCCACCACCCGUCUGCAGGUUCAUGAAGAUCACUGUGAUUGGGCGCUACGGCAGCACCAAUGCACGAGCAAAGAUCCCGCUGGGCUUCUACUAUGGCCACACCUACAUCUUGCCGUGGGAGGGCGAACUCAAACUAAUGCACGAUCCUCUGCGGGGGGAGAGCGAGGCUGCCAGUCAGCCUGAUGUGGAUCAACAUCUCACCAUGAUGGUGGCGCUGCAGGAGGACAUCCAGUGCAGGUACAACCUCGCUUGCCAUCGGCUGGAGACCCUCCUUCAGAACAUUGACCUGCCGCCUCUCAACAGCGCCAAUAACGCCCAGUACUUCUUACGAAAACCAGACAAGGUAGUGGAGGAGGACCAGCGUGUUUUCUCAGCCUAUCAGGACUGUAUCCAGCUGCAGCUGCAGCUUAACCUGGCCCACCACGCCGUCCAGCGGUUGCGUGUGUCCCUGGGCGCCAGCCGCAAAUCACUCCCCACAUCCGGUGCUGCAGAAGCUCAGGAGCUGGUUCACAACUCGUCCACGGAGCAGCUAAGGACCAUCAUCCGUUACCUGCUGGAUACUCUGCUCAGUCUGCUGCACUCCAACAAUGGCCACUCGGUGCCCUCAGUGCUUCAGAACACCUUCCAUGCUCAGGCCUGCGAGGAGCUCUUCAAGCACCUCUGUAUCAGCGGGACACCUAAAAUCCGCCUUCAUGCCGGCCUGCUGUUGGUGCAGCUCUGUGGAGGCGAGUGCUGGUGGGGCCAGUUCCUGUCCAACGUGCUGCAGGAGCUCUACAACUCUGAGCAACUGCUCAUCUUCCCCCAGGACAGGGUUUUCAUGCUCCUGUCCUGCAUCGGCCAAAGAUCUCUCAGCAACAGUGGUGUUCUGGAGGGCCUCCUGAACCUCUUGGACAGCCUGCUGUCUCCGCUGCAGCAGCCACAGGUUGCUCCUCCACGCAGGACUGAAGGUGUUCUGGAUAUCCCCAUGAUCAGCUGGGUAGUCAUGCUGGUUUCCAGGUUAUUGGACUAUGUGGCCAGUAUAGAGGAUGAAGCCUCAGGAGGGAAGAAGCAGCUUGGAGGGAAAGAUCGGGACAGACCUGUGAAUGGUAUUCAGUGGAGCUUCAUCAACAACAGUCUUCAGUCUCAGAACUCUAGCAGGUCCGCUAAAGGCAGCAGCAGUCUGGACCGACUCUACUCACGCAAGAUCCGCAAGCAGCUCGUCCAUCACAAGCAGCAGUUAAAUCUUUUGAAAGCCAAACAGAAAGCUCUGGUUGAGCAGAUUGAGAAGGAGAAGAUCCAGAGCAACAAAGGUUCCUCCUACAAGCUGCUGGUGGAACAGGCCAAACUCAAACAAGCCACGUCCAAGCACUUUAAAGACCUGAUCCGUCUGCGGCGGACAGCCGAAUGGCCUCGCUCCACGUUGGAUGCCGAGUCCACCACAGCCAAAGAAGCCCCUGAAGUAGAACCUCUGCCCUUCACACUCGCUCAUGAACGCUGCAUCUCUGUGGUGCAGAAGCUGGCCCUCUUCCUCCUUUCCAUGGACUUCACCUGCCAUGCUGACCUGCUGCUCUUCGUCUGCAAGGUCCUUGCUAGGAUAGCCAAUGCUACAAGACCCACAAUCCACCUGUGUGAGGUGGUGUCUGAGCAGCAGCUGGAGCGACUUCUGCUGUUACUUGUGGGGACUGACUUCAAUCGAGGGGACAUCUCCUGGGGGGGUGCAUGGGCACAGUAUUCUCUCACAUGUAUGCUACAGGACAUCCUGUCAGGUGAGCUGCUGUCUCCGGGUUCUCUGGAUGCCAUGGAUGAGGUGGUGGUGGUGGGUGAGGAGGCUGGGGCGUCGUCCUCCUCAGUGGGGGUGGAUUCUGACGACUCCCUGCCCCAGCCAGCACCCAUCCCCCUUGUAGAGAGCAUCGACGAAGCCCUGGUGCCUGAUAUCAUCGCAGGUACUACAGGAACCUUUCAAAGUGCUCCACCUCUGUCAUCUUUGGAAAAAGAUAAAGACAUAGACUUUGACUUGCUACAAGACCUGAUGGAUGUUGAUAUUGAUCCUUUAGAUAUUGAUUUGGAAAAAGAUCCUCUCGCUGCCAAAGUUUUUAAGCCUAUAAGCAGCACCUGGUACGACUACUGGGGGGCUGACUAUGGCACAUAUGGGUACAACCCUUACAUCGGAGGGGUUGGUAUUCCAGUAUCCAAACCUCCGGCUGCAGCUGAGAAGCCCAGCUCACAGGGUCUGUCUGUCUCCGUGUCACAGGCGCUGGACGCCCGCCUCGAAGUGGGCCUGGAGCAGCAGGCUGAGCUGAUGCUCAAAAUGAUGUCAACCCUGCAGGCCGACUCCAUCCUGCAGGCUCUCACUUCAAGCUCAUCCGCAGUGAGUCAGCCCUCUGGUGGGACUGAUGACUCCCUGCUUCGAGCUCUCCACGGUGGAGGCUCUCCUCCAGGCAGCAGCCUCAUCGUCCAGCCCUCAUCCAUUCCCAUUCUGAGCGCCUGCUUCAACAAGCUCUUCUCCAUGCUGCAGGUCCACCACGUUCAGCUGGAGUCCCUGCUGCAGCUGUGGUUGACCCUCAGUCUCAACACGUGUUCGAGUGGCAGCGAAGAGAGCGGCUCAGACAUUUUCAUGUUCAAUGCCAGCAGAGUUCCCACCAUCCCACUCAAUCAAGCAUCCAUCAGCAGUUUCCUCACGGUGCUGGCGUGGUACCCCAACACUUCCCUGAGAACGUGGUGUCUGGUGCUGCACUCCCUCACACUCAUGACCAACAUGCCGGCCUGCGCAUCCAACAACGGGAUGAGCUCUCAGGAAAGCACAGCACAGCAGAUGGUGUCCGACCCCACCCUGGUCCACGUUCUGGUGCGGUUCCUGUCUGGCAGCAGCACUAACGGGACGAGCCAGCACAGCUCUCAGGUGGGACCCACAGCCACCCAGGCCAUGCACGAGUUUCUGAGCCGCCUGCAGGUCCACCUGUCCUCCACCUGCCCGCAGAUGUUCAGCGAGUUCUUGCUCAAACUCAUGCACAUCCUGUCCACAGAGAGGGGUCCGUUUCAGUCAGGCCAGGGCCCACUGGACGCCCAGGUGAAGCUGCUGGAGUUCACUCUAGAGCAGAACUUUGAGGUGGUGUCAGUGGCCACCAUCUCCUCCGUAAUUGAGUCCAUUACCUUCCUGGUUCACCACUACAUCACCUGCUCAGAUAAGGUGGUCUCCCGCAGCGGCUCGGACAGCUCGGUGGGUGCCCGGGCUUGUUUCGGGGGUCUCUUCGCCAACAUCAUCCGGCCAGGUGACGCCAAGGCGGUGUGUGGGGAAACGUCACGUGAUCAGCUGAUGUUCAACCUCCUGAAGCUGGUCAACGUGCUGGUGCAGCUGCCUCUGUCCGGAGACCGGGAAUUCAGCGGGCGGAUGCCGCCGGUUGGCAGCGGGGCGGCGGACAGCAGCGUGUCAGACGAAGAAAAGGUCUGCGGCAGCAAAGAGAGCGUGGCCGGCGGAUCCUCAACCACUCAGGGUCCUCCUGCAGGCGUGGCUGACCUGGUUCUGGCUAAUCAGCAGAUUAUGAGCCAGAUCCUGUCAGCCCUGGGCCAGUGCAACAGCAGCGCUAUGGCUAUGAUCAUCGGAGCCAGCGGCCUCCACCUCACCAAACAUGAGAACUUUCACGGUGGCCUGGAUGCCAUCUCUGUGGGUGACGGCCUCUUUACCAUCCUCACUACUCUGAGUAAGAGGGCCACCUCUGUCCAGGUCAUGCUGCAGCCCAUCCUCACAUACAUGGCCUGUGGAUACAUGGGCAGACAGGGGUCUCUCUCCACUUGUCAGCUGUCUGAGCCUCUUCUGUGGUUCAUCCUCCGGGUGUUGGACACUAGCGAGGCUCUGAAGGCUUUCCAUGAUAUGGGUGGUGUCCAGUUGAUCUGUAACAACAUGGUGACCAGUACCAGAGCCAUCGUGAACACCGCACGCAGUAUGGUGUCCACCAUCAUGAAAUUUCUGGAUUCGGGUCCUGGAAAGGCUUCAGACAGCAACCUUAGAGCCAGAGUGAUGACUUCAGAGCCAGACAACGCUGAGGGACUCCACAAUUUUGCUCCUUUAGGUACCAUCACGUCUAGCAGCCCCACAGCACAGCCAGCAGAAGUCCUCCUUCAGGCAACUCCACCCCACCGUCGGGCACGCUCAGCAGCCUGGUCCUACAUCUUCCUGCCCGAGGAGGCCUGGUGUGACCUCACCAUCCACCUUCCAGCUGCGGUGCUGCUGAAAGAGCUUCACAUCCAGCCACACCUCGCUUCUCUAGCCACCUGCCCUUCCUCCGUCUCGGUGGAGAUCAGUGCAGACGGUGUCAACAUGUUGCCGCUCUCCACACCGGUCAUUACUAGUGGGUUAACAUACAUUAAGAUCCAGCUGGUGAAAGCAGAGGUUGCGUCCGCCGUUUGCCUGAGACUGCACCGGCCUCGCGAUGCCAGCACCUUGGGCCUGUCUCAGAUAAAACUCCUGGGUCUCACAGCGUUUGGUAACACCUCCUCUGCAACCGUAAACAACCCCUUCCUGCCGUCUGAGGACCAAGUCUCUAAAACCAGCAUCGGGUGGCUCCGUCUUCUCCACCAUUGCCUGACCCAUGUCACUGACCUGGAGGCCAUGAUGGCCAGCGCCGCAGCACCCACGGCCAACCUGCUGCAGACGUGCGCGGCUCUGCUCAUGUCUCCGUACUGCGGCAUGCAUUCGCCCAACAUCGAGGCUGUGCUGGUGAAAAUAGGCCUGCAGUCUACGAGGAUCGGACUGAAGCUCAUCGACAUUCUGCUGAGAAACUGUGCUGCCUCUGGCACCGACCCCGCCAACUUGAACAGUCCUCUGCUGUUUGGGCGGCUGAACGGCCUCUCCUCGGACUCCACCAUCGACAUUCUGUAUCAGCUGGGAACUACACAGGACCCUGGAACCAAAGACAGGAUCCAGGCUCUUCUGCAGUGGGUCCACGAUUCUUCUCGGGUGGCAGCCCAUAAAAUGAGCGGUCCGUUGGGAUACACUGGUGCUGGCUCUUCCUCGGCUUCUUCCAGGGAGUAUGGCCUCCUCAUGCCGUCUCCGUCCCACCUGCACUGUGUGGCAGCCAUCCUGUGGCACAGCUACGAGCUGCCGGUGGACUACGACCUCCCCGCGCUGCUAAACAGAGAGCUCUUUGAGCUGCUGUAUAACUGGUCCAUGUCUCUACCUUGUAACAUCGUGCUGAAGAAAGCCGUGGACAGCCUGCUGUGCUCCAUGUGUCACAUCCACCCAAGCUACUUCUCCCUGCUCAUGUCCUGGAUGGGGAUUGUCUCAGUGCCCAGCGCCAAUCACUCUCAGGCUCAGCAGCGCCGCCUCGCCAUGACGGACGAUGGAAAAAAGCAGCAUGACGCCAAUGCUAACGCUGCAGGUCUGACAGAUGACUCCAAACACGCCAGGCCUCCCGUUAAUUUGUCAGAGUCCCAGUUAACCACGCUGGCAGCCGCCUCCCAGUCUCCAGGAGCAAUAGAGCAGCUGCUGGACUCGGGCCUGCCUUCUCUGCUGGUUCGCAGCCUGGCUCAGUUCUGCGUGGGCCUCCUGGUUAGUGCCGACCUCCCCCUGCCCACUGCUCAGGCUGACAGACGACACCACCAUCACCACUACUACUCGCCCUCAUCCUCGCACGGCCGGCCACCGCUGGCCGCAGAGCUAGCCGCUCCAGUGCUGCGCUUCCUCACAGAGGUAGGCAACAGUCACGCCAUGAAGGACUGGCUCGGCGGACCAGAGGUCAACCCGCUGUGGACUGCACUGCUCUUCCUGCUGUGCCACUCCAGUGCCAGCGCCGGUUCUGGUACCAAUAUCGGCUGCCAGCCUCUGAACACCGGAUCUGCAGCGGGCCCCCCUCCAGCUCAGCCUCUGCACUCAGGGUCACGGUUUUCCCUGUCGACUUCCGGGCAGACGGGAGGUCUCACCACCCAACAGAGGACGGCUCUGGAGAACGCCACCGUGGCCUUCUUCCUGCAGUGCAUCUCCUGUCAUCCCAACAACCAGCGGCUCAUGGCUCAGGUUCUCUGUGAGCUCUUCCAGUCUGCUCCUCAGCGAGGCAACGUACCCAUCUCUGGAAACAUCUCAGGCUUCAUCCGAAGACUUUUUCUGCAGCUCAUGCUGGAAGAUGAGAAGGUCACGGUCUUCCUGCAGUCCCCCUGUCCGCUCUACAAAGGACGCAUCAACGCCACCAGUCACAUGAUCCAGCAUCCCAUGUAUGGUGCAGGCCACAAGUACCGCACCCUCCACCUUCCCAUCUCCACCUCGCUGGCUGAAGUCCUAGAUCGUGUGUCUGACACUCCCAGCAUCACAGCCAAGCUGAUAAACGAGCAGAAGGAGGACAAGGAGAAGAAGAACCACGAGGAGAAGGAGAAGAUGAAGGCUGACAAUGGUUUCCAGGACAACUACAGUGUCGUUGUGGCCUCAGGUUUAAAGUCCCAGUCCAAGCGGGCUCUGUCAACCCCUCCUCGGCCUCCAUCACGGAGGGGUCGCGUCAUGAGCGACAAGCUGACCGCUUCGUCUGGCGUGGACCCCUCAGCGAAAACCAUCAGUGUCCCCGUCUUCCAUCUUUACCACAAGCUUAUUCCUGGUCAGCCGCUCCCGCCUGAGAUGACCCUGGCUCAGCUGCUGACACUCCUGUACGACCGCAAGCUGCCGCAGGGCUACCAGUCCAUCAACCUGACAGUCAAACUGGGCUCCAAGGUCAUCUCUGACCCGGGCCUUUCAAAGACCGACUCUUUCAAGAGGCUGCGCACGGAGAAAGUGGAUCACUGCGACAUGCUGAACAGCUGUCCUGAGGACGAGCCCAUGAUGGCUGGUGAGGAAUGUCUGGAUGCGGCUACAGACGAGUCCCUGCUGGAGACGAACCCCAUCCAGUCCCCGCUGCAGGUGUUCGCUGGCAUGGGCGGCCUGGCCCUCAUCGCAGAGAGACUGCCGAUGCUCUACCCCGACGUCAUUCAGCAGGUCAGCGCCCCGGUGGUGCCCUCAGCCACGCAGGAGAAGCCCAAAGACAGCGACCAGUUUGAAUGGGUGACCAUCGAGCAGUCCGGCGAGCUGGUGUACGAGGCGCCGGAGUCCAUAGCUGCAGAGGCACCGCCCAUCAACAAGCAGCAGUCGCAGUCAUCUUCAUCAUCAUCCUCCUCAGUGCAGACCACGUCUCCCAUCCCCGCCCACUCGUUGGCGGCGUUCGGCCUGUUCCUGCGCCUGCCGGGGUACGCCGAGGUGCUGCUGAAGGAGCGGAAGCACGCCCAGUGUCUGCUGCGCCUGGUGCUGGGCGUCACGGACGACGGAGAGGGCAGUCACAUCCUGCAGUCUCCGUCGGCCAACGUGCUGCCCACGCUGCCUUUCCACGUCCUCCGAGCGCUGUUCAGCAGCACCCCUCUGACCACCGAUGACGGCGUUCUGCUGCGCCGCAUGGCUCUGGAGAUUGGCGCCAUCCACCUCAUCCUGGCCUGCCUGUCAGCGCUCAGCCACCACGCCCCUCGCAACCCCAACGCCAGCAGCAGCGUUUCUGAGCCACAGAUAUCCAGUUGUCAUGGUGGGGGGACCAGUGAGGAGCAGCAGCUGUACUGGGCCAAAGGAACUGGUUUCGGCACCGGUUCUACAGCCUCAGGCUGGGAUGUAGAACAGGCUCUCACCAAACAGCGGCUGGAGGAAGAGCACGUCACCUGUCUGCUCCAGGUGUUGGCCAGCUACAUCAACCCAGCAGGCUCGAGCGGCUGCCACGGUGCUGAUGCCUCCUCUGCAGACGGCAGAGCUCACAACAGCUCAGCUCUGCCAGCAGUCCUGCAGGAGUUGCUGAGCCAGUCCUGCCUCAUCCCUGCCAUGUCCUCCUACCUACGCAACGACUCAGUGCUGGACAUGGCACGCCAUGUGCCGCUGUAUCGGGCGUUACUGGAGCUGCUGAGGGCCAUUUCCAGCUGCACUGCACUGGUCCCACUGCUGCUGCCGCUGUCUGGAGACCAGGGCCAAGAUGAAGAGGAGGAGGAUGAAGAGCACUCCGAGGGUCAGGCCUCUGUAGGAAUGCUGCUGGCAAAGAUGAAGACAUGUGUGGACACAUAUACGAAUCGGCUCAGGUCAAAGAAAGAUAAAAGUAAAGGUGUGGUGAAAUCGGACGGCUCGGACGCGGAGCCUGAAGGUUUGACUCUGCUGGUGCCCGACAUCCAGAGGACGGCUGAGAUCGUGUAUGCAGCUACCACCAGCCUGCGGCAGGCCAACCAGGAGAGGAAACUGGUAGAGUCUUCAAGGAAGGUGUCGAGCCGACCCAAGCCGCUGUCCAUACUCCGUUCUCUGGAGGAGAAAUAUGUUGCUGCAAUGAAGAAACUCCAGUUUGACACGUUUGAAAUGGUCUCAGAGGACGAGGAGGGGAAGCUGAUGUUUAAGGUCAACUACCACUACAUGUCUCAGGUUAAGAAUGCCAACGACACAAACAGCGCCGCCAGAUCUCGCCGCCUGGCCCAGGAAGCAGUCACCCUGUCCACAUCUCUGCCUCUGUCCUCGUCUUCCAGCGUCUUCGUCCGUUGUGAUGAGGAGAGGCUGGACAUCAUGAAGGUUCUCAUCACAGGCCCGGCUGACACGCCAUACGCCAACGGCUGCUUCGAGUUUGAUGUGUACUUUCCCCAGGACUAUCCCAACUCCCCCCCACUGGUCAAUCUGGAGACCACGGGGGGACACAGUGUGCGCUUUAACCCUAACCUCUACAAUGACGGCAAAGUGUGUUUAAGUAUCCUGAACACAUGGCACGGGAGACCCGAGGAGAAGUGGAACCCUCAGACCUCAAGCUUUCUACAGGUGCUAGUGUCGGUGCAGUCCCUCAUUCUGGUGGCUGAGCCCUACUUCAACGAGCCGGGGUAUGAGCGCUCCCGUGGGACCCCCAGCGGCACCCAGAGUUCCCGCGAAUAUGAUGGAAACAUCCGGCAGGCCACCGUGAAGUGGGCCAUGCUGGAGCAGAUGCGCAACCCGUCGCCGUGCUUCAAGGAGGUGAUCCACAAGCAUUUCUACCUGAAGAGAACGGAGAUCAUGUCUCAGUGUGAGGAGUGGAUCGCUGACAUCCAGCAGUACAGCAGCGACAAGCGGGUUGGCCGCACCAUGUCCCACCACGCCGCUGCGCUGAAGAGACACACGGCUCAGCUCAGAGAGGAGCUCCUCAAGCUUCCAUGUCCCGACGGCCUGGAGCCCGACGGGGACGAGUUCUCGGAGAAGAGUUCCUCCCUGAUCCUCAAAGAGCUGCCCGCUCAGGAAGCAGAGAACCCCGGCGGCAGUCAGGACAGCCACUGCAGCGAGGGACAGCUAUAAGCCCCCCUCCCUCCCUCCUCCAGCAUCUCCUCCUCCUGAUGAUGAUGAAGAUUACUCUUUCAGAGACUUUCAGAUGGCUUCAGAGUGCGAGCCGUUACUUUGUCAAUAUUUGUAUGUAAAGAUCUAGUAGCAGAGUAGCCGAAGGAGGAUCUGAAGAGACGAACUCUGAACUAUGCUACGCCCUCAUCACAGAGUCAACAGACUUUUAUUUACCUGUAAAAGAGUGUAAACAUUUUGUGCUUUUUCCAAUUGUGAAAUAACCACUGAUUGGUAUGUUAUUAAACUUGUUUAUGUAUACAUAAUUCAGAGGAAAAUGACAGAUUAUAUAAGGGAAACUACCUUUAGAGAAGAAUGUUUACUGAAUGUUCAUUUAUUUUCUUUCUUGUUGACUGAUAACAGCUGUAACCCAGGACAUACUGGUCAUUCUGAGGAUCAUUAAAAAAAGAAAACAUGCAGGUAACAGAAUGAGAGAUAAAGCCCCGCCCCCGGACCCUCCUCCAUCGCUACGUGGGAUUUCUCCAGGAUCAUCUCCACGUAAAGGACCUUCUUCAGUGCUUUUGUUCCCUUUUCCAGAUGAAACGGCUCCACCUGCUUCAGAUAAACAUCGGUUGCUACUCCCUCCGUUUCCAUGAUGCUUUUCCAUCGACAUGAGCGUAGAUCAGCGGACUGUGUCGGGGCCACAUGGAAACCUGUUUUUAAGGCUUGUGCAUGUGUGUUUUCUGUGCGUGUGCAACAAUCCCCAGUGAGAUGCAAAGCUGUGAUGUGCCUUUGAUCUACACCGUACCACCAAAUACUCCAACAGAGUACCUUUACUCAUUUCUUUGCUCUUUCUACAGAAUCUGCUCCGUCUGACAUGAAAGAAACUGCUUUGAUCUUUUUUUAUUAUGUUAAACUCCAAUGAACAAAGAAAAAAAUGCACUUUCUAUUUUACUCACUCCUUAGAGCGGUCACAUACUCCUUUUGCUAGGACAUUAAAUGGAGCUUGAAAGUAA